GGCCGCUGGGAGUCGUAGUCGGCAGCGCCGGCGUCGCUGGGAGCUGUAGUCCCGCCAGGGCGGAGCUGCUCGGCCUGCGCUCCGAGCCCCGCGCCGCCGCCCAGGGGGAUGCGGGAGGCCCUGGUCCCGGGAACCGAGAGGCAGGCGGGGAGGAGCCCAGGACGGCAUGUCCCAGGCGCCGGGAGCUGGGCCUAGCCCGCCCGCCGUGUACCACGAGCGCCAGCGCCUGGAGCUCUGCGCUGUGCACGCACUCAACAACGUCCUGCAGCAGCAGCUCUUCAGCCAGGAGGCCGCGGACGACAUCUGCAAGAGGCUGGCCCCGGACUCCCGGCUGAACCCGCACCGCAGCCUCCUGGGCACUGGAAACUAUGAUGUCAACGUCAUCAUGGCCGCCCUGCAGGGCCUGGGCCUGGCUGCGGUGUGGUGGGACAGGAGGCGGCCGCUGGCCCAGCUGGCCCUGCCCCAGGUGCUGGGCCUCAUCCUGAACCUGCCCUCGCCCGUCUCUCUGGGGCUGCUGUCCCUGCCGCUGCGCCGGCGACACUGGGUGGCGCUGCGCCAGGUGGAUGGCGUCUACUACAACCUGGACUCGAAGCUGCGGGCGCCCCAGGCCCUGGGGGACGAGGACGGCGUCAGGGCCUUUCUGGAAGCCUCGCUGGCCCGGGGCCUGUGCGAGGUGCUGCUGGUGGUGACCAAGGAGGUGGAGGAGAAGGGCUGCUGGCUGCGGACCGGCUGACCCGCGCCUGCCGUGCGCCACAGCCGCCAAGUGCCGGGGAGGGCCGCGCGGACCCCGGG